AUGUUUUCCUGCCUGCGCUGCUCUAUGGCUAAAAAUGACUGCAACACCACGAUAUCUGGAGAUGCCAAAGUCGGCGACAUCUUUUGCAUGCGCGAGUCCCUGAGGACUCCCUUUGAAAAGAUUUUCGAAGAUGAAACAUUCGGUGAAGGAUAUUGCCCAAGAUCAUGCUCAACCUCUACUCUCCCGGACUGCAACACGCCAGGAUUGGGCAAAGACCGGCCUUGUCUCAUUAGCGAUGUGAGACAAAAAGAGGGCCUUGAACCCGCAUAUGAGAUUUAUGUCAUGGGCACUUUUGGUGGAGCCAGUCUCGCGGAACUUCCUUACAUCUAUCGUCAUUUCAGUCUCCCCGUGGCACCAAAUGGUCUACACGAAGAGCACAUACAUACCAUUCCGGGAUGGCGCGUCAAGCAUGGCAAUCACGGCCAAUUUCUGGUGGUAUAUGGUAUCGGCGCGAAGCAUCCUCCUCUGGUGCGCUGGCAUGCUAGGGGUUCUAACUUCGGCCUUCGUCGUACCGAGGCUGGGGUCAAGUUGAAGCAAAUCAGCAUCCGGAUGGUAAGGGAGUGGCGAGAAAUGAUCACCAGAAAAGACUGGAUGAUGAAAGCCGUUCGCAGAUCACCAAGGCUUAAAGGUUAUGCCACUGACCCGAAGUUGUUUACAAACAGAUAUUCCGUCCUCUCAAUUGACGAGGGCGAGCCUGACGACAUACCUGCCAACGAAGACGUGAAUCCACACUCUAAUUCCUGCAGCCCAUCGAUCGUUACAAGUGCAGCGUCUGCGACAACGGAGGACCUGAUAUUUUCCGCGGCGACAUCGGCUGCAGAGAUGGACGAAGGAGCUUCAGCAGCGGCUUCAUCCUGGCGUACUACGCCAUCACGGUCUAGAAGACCACGCGCCAAAGUCGUCGCGAGGAAGCAACGGGAAAGCUUUACUCCAUGGCUAAUACACGCUCACUCCGCAGAGCAACCUGACAAAUCGGGAUGCUGGGAAUGGAUGGAGAAGGAGAGGACCGGACAGUUGACUCAUAGCGAUAAGGACUUGAAUUUUGAGCUAUUCCUGCAAUAG